GCCAAUUGGGAAAUAUUGGAGGGGCAGACGGGCUACCAUACUGUAGUAUAGCGAGUGGUUUGAACUUUGGAGGGAGGCCACCUUUCUCGACUGAACUUCGCAUCUCCUACGCAUGAUCCAUUACAUACUCGGUUUCGAGCACACUGCGUAGAGUCUGCCUUAUUCCAAUCGAUCCAGCGUUGUUGCGAACAUUAGUUUAUUCCCCUAAACUCCUGAGCUCUCUGCACCAUGGCUCCUCGUUCAGAAUUCCCACCCGUUAGGGCGUGUCUGUUUGACAUGGACGGGCUGCUGCUCGACACUGAAGACAUUUAUACCCUCUGCAUCAACCUGCUUCUGGAGAAAUACGACCGCCCCAACCUUCCCUGGUCCAUCAAAGCCCAGCUCCAGGGCCGCCCCGGCCCGCAGGCCAACGAGAUAUUCCACAAAUGGGCCCAGCUGCCCAUAUCCAACGACGACUACCUGAAACAGUACAGCGCCCUGCAGCAGCAGCACUUCCCCGCCGCGAAGCCGCUGCCGGGCGUCGAGAAGCUGCUGAGCGACCUGGGCCGCACGCGAUGGUGGGAUCUGGGAGCGAGCGACAAGACGCCGGUCCAGGGGGCCAAGCCGACGCGGGUGCACAUCGCCCUGGCCACGAGCAGCAACAGCGGCAAUUUCAGGAUCAAGGCCGCGCACCUCGCCGAGCUGUUCUCCGUCUUCGAGACCUCGAGGAGGGUCCUGGGCGACGACCCGCGCGUCCAGCCGGGCAGAGGAAAGCCGCUGCCGGAUAUCUACCUGCUGGCGCUGAAGACCAUCAACGACAGCCUGCCCGAGGGCGAGAAGCCGAUCACCCCCGAGGAGUGUCUGGUGUUUGAAGACAGUGUGCCAGGUGUGGAAGCAGGUCGCCGCGCAGGUAUGCGGGUGGUGUGGUGUCCUCACCCAAUGCUGAAGCAGGAGUACGCCGGGCGAGACGCUGAGAUCCUGGCUGGACGCAUGGGCGCUGCUGGCGAGGCAGUCGAUGUCCACCAGCUUGGUGAGAUCGGCGACGGCUGGGCAGACUACUUCUUGGACCUGCAGAACUUCCCGUACGAGAAGUACGGCAUUGUCGUGCCGCCGGCCGAGACCGAGUUGGAGCCCGCUAUGCAGGAGAAUGUGGGAAACGGCCUCGUUGCUGAGAAGGUAAACUCAUGAGGGCUGCAUCAUGAGACGGAUCUUAAAGAAGCUUACUAGAACUCAAUAUUCGCGCUUUCGUAGAAACACACAUAGACAGACCGGCUGGCUUUACAGCGGCAGUAGUAUAAAGUUGACAGAUCGAAUUUUUGCCA